UGUCUUUGAAGAAGAAGUAUCGAGUGGUUUUGAUAAAUUGAGGUUCGAGUACUUUUGUUUGGAUUUAAUGUCAAGUACUUUUGUUUAAGAAAAGAGUUUCGACCACUUUUGCGAAAUUAAGGCUCGGACGCUUUUGUUUGGCUAUUAAGCAAGUGUCUUUGAAAUAUGAGAAAUAAAGGUAUAUUGUGGAUCCACAAAAAAUAAGUACUUAAGAAGAAAAAACAGCUGAAAAAAUGGAAGGGGAAUUCAAUCGAGAAUCGGAAUGGUUCGACUUGCGUGUCAUUCCAGACCAUGGUCAAAAAAUACUGUUAUGAGAGCAAGUAAAGAAUGCAUGUGAUGUAUGUGUGGGAGGAUUGUCUGAGAAAGAUAGACAGGGAAAGAAAGAAGAACUUUAUAAAUGGAUGGAUGAAUGUUGUGAAGAUGGCUGGUUUCCUGCAUUAUCAACUGCUGCUUGUUUAAUUUCACUGAUGAAGGAAGUCGAGAGAGUGUGUUCAAAUAGAAAAGACAAGUUAGAAAAGGAAAUAGAGAAGACGAGUAAAUUGUCCACUAGAGGCAGGAAGGUAAGAGAAAAUCACAAAAAGACAGAAAAAGUAAUGGCAAGAGCUAGAAUGCUGGCAAUGGGAUGUCCAUUAAAACAGUCAAGAAAGGAAGCGAAAAACAGUGGGGUGGGUGUGACUCAGCCGUUGUCCGCUCCGCCGCCGUAUUGUAACAAAUUGGAAAUGAAUGAUACACAAGGGCCAGUGAACCCAUUCACUGAGUCACCAUAUGCAGAUGCGAGACAGACGCUGCAAAACAUAUAAGCCCCUAUCUUAUCUGUAAAUAGAGGAACUCUAGAUGUGGAUUGGAAUGGCAGUACUGACUCGGUGGGAUCGAAACAACGUGAACCCCUGAUUCAGCACGCAGCAGAAAAUUUGGCCGCAGGCGUAACAGCCUCAGUUAAAAUGUUCGAGGAAAAACUGGAAAAAGUGUCUAACAUGUGCGGAGAACCAUAUACAAAGUUAAACCAAAUAGGAGCGUUUACGGUAGAUUUAAAUAGACACCCUGAAGUGCCACAAAAGGUAAGAGAGCACCUUUUAGCGCGUGCCUCCCGUUUUGAGAGAACUGUCAACGCUGAAAUAACAGAACAGAUACAACGUGAUAACGCGGAACGAGAUGUAAUAUUCAGACAAAGGGAACAGGAGAUAGCAGCAGAAGAAGCUCAGAAGGGACUUCCCCAUGCGGUAGCAAACACUUAUCACAUCGCACAUUUGCAAAAUCAGGUGGCUGACUUAAAGUGCCAAGUGCAGAAUUUGUCAGGAGCACACCAGGACUCCCUGUUACAACAGACACAAGAAAAUAGAAGUGCGCCCCCUUUUGCUGAAUCCACUCCACUUCGACCCAUGACACGCUCUCAAACUGUUGUUCAAGCUCCAAUGCUGGCCAAGGUUGAUCCGGCUACUGGAGCCACUGCCAUGUUUUAUAAACCUUUUUCUCCUUCUGAUCUCAGUGUUUUGAUGCAGAAACUUCCUGCAAUGCAGAAUGGAGGAGAGAACUGGCUGAGAUCGGUACAAAGGGCUGUCACAAGACAAAUUUUGACGGCUGGAGACAUGCGCGCAUUACUGACACAUGCGUGUCCUCUCUCCCAACUGGAAACACUGAUGAAGAAUUCUGGUCUGAUGAGUAUAAUGGACAAUGAGGCACUUACAAGAGAGUAUUACUUAACAUUGUUCACUGCACUAAACGCAUUGUUUCCCAUUCCUGAUCUAGUCAUCUCCGACUUAGUAUUUGCUCCUAGAACAGAUGAGGAAGCAGCGGCAUAUAUUGACCGCGCUCUUGUCGAAUAUUCUUCAAAAACAGGCCAUUUGCCAACUGACUCUGCUCUGUAUUCUCAAGUAUUUAGAGGAGCAGUGCUGAAGGGCGUUCCCAAGUCUGUGGUACAAGCCAUGGAGACGAAUCCGGACCUUCCCGGAGCGGAUCAUGCUCGCUGGUUGUCACAUCUGAAACAUCACCUGAGGAGACAUGCAAAAGAAAAAGAGUCAAAGCAUGAGAAACACAGAACCACUGAAUCGCAAUUAGCUAUAAUGCAACUACAAAGUCUCAAAAAACAAGAAGAGAAUAUUAAAAUCAUACCUGUGGCUUCCGUUGGGGCCUCGCUACCUAAUGUUGUUUCUGAGUGCAUGAUGUAUCAAACAGGCCCAUUCAUGGGUCGAGGUGCUCCGUUUGCUGGCAGAAAUCAUUGCUUCAACUGUGGUCGUAACGGACACUGGGCAAUAGACUGCCGAGCGCGUCCCCUGGAGGGCAGAGGCAGAGGAACAAGGGGCCCGCCUAGAGGAUUCAACAGGCGUGGUUAUGGCCAGCAAAGAGGAAGAGGAUACGGACAGCAACAGCAGCAGGAUAUUGCUCCCCAAUAUCCGCCGCAGCAGCAGCAGUCUUACCAUCAAGUGCCGAACCAACAGCACCGGCCACCGUCUGGGGGCCAGUAUCCGCAAUGAUGGGGCCCCGAAUCCACAUGCCAUGGUCUGCAGGAACCAAUAAUUGGACUGACGGUAGGAGGAACUAUUUUACCUUUUAUGGUCGAUACGGGAGCCAGACAUUCAACCGUUAUGACAUUACCACCUGAAAGUUCCCUUACUGCAAAAGGCAUUUCACUUGUUGGAUUCCGGGGUGAAGAAACCAUCCUGCACAUGACUACACCCGUACAUACUCAGUGUUUUACACAAACUCUUUUACACUCGUUUGUGUAUGCGCCCAAUUGCCCUGUCAACCUGUUGGGAAGGGAUCUUCUCAUCAAAACAGCUCCAACAAUACUGUGCAGCCCGGAUGGACUGAUAUUACAGUUUCCUGAUGGACACACCUACUGUUGUUCCGGUGACGACACAUCAAACAUCUACAUGCAGGACUCAGAGCGCCGACUACCAAGUAUGACGUGUGCCACCGCCGACAUCUACUGGGCGAAAAUGGACACUGACUCACCCGGAUGGACGGAAGCAGAGACCUUUUGGACUCAAUGGUCGCCAUGGGUUCGUCACCUCAGACCCUAUGAUAUGGUUUCUGAUUGUAUGCAUUGCACUCUGUACUAUGACAGGACGGGAGAUGAGGUGUACAGCGAGGCUUUCCAAAAUGUAGAAGGCAACAUCUGGGAACUACAAAUGGGUGACCUGUUCGUGGGAAAACCAGGAAAUGACGCAGCGGAUAAAGCGGCGAAGGCAGCGGCUGGUUAUCUUCCCACCUCACAACUAGUUGUAAGUGAAGCAGAAUUGAAAGACAGACAGGAAGUAACAGAAGAAACAGUUAAAAUAUGGCAGGAACAAGGGAGUCCCGAAGAAAGGAGUAUGUGGAAAUCAAAAGGGGGUGAGAGAGAUGAGAAAGGUAUUUGGAGAAAAGGAGGAAAAUGUAUACCACCUCAGAAGCAAUUAAAACUGUUGAUAAGCGAAGCUCAUGGAGCAUGCCAUGUAGGCGUGGAAGAAACACUGAGACGACUCCACACCUGGUGGCAUCCUUUCAUGAGAGCAAUUGUUAAAAAUGAACUCCAGGAUUGCAGUGUCUGUAGCAGAUAUAACAGCAUGCCUACCACGAAACCACCCCAGGGAACUCACGAUCCGGACGUGACGGCACCUGGGCAGGUGGUUUCGAUGGAUUUUACAGACAUGAUUAAAAGUGUGUCCGGUUACAGGUAUCUACUAGUAAUAGUGGAUUCCUUCUCCGGUUGGCCUGAAGCCUAUCCCUGCAAAACAGAAACGGCAAACAUAGUGGUUAAACAUUUGAUUAACCAUUAUAUUCCAUCUCAUGGGUUCCCAAGUAAAAUUAGGUCUGAUAAUGGGACCCAUUUUAAAAAUAAACAUUUGCAGGAAGUAGAAAGAGCCCUGGGACUGAAACACACAUUUGGUUCAGUAUAUCACCCACAGUCCCAAGGACAAGUAGAAAGAAUGAAUCGGAACAUUAAGGAAAAAUUGGCCAAAGCUUUAGCUACUUCAAAUCUCAAUUGGCUACAAGCCCUUCCUUUGGCUUUGAUGAAUGUACGAAUGUCACUCAAUUCAGCCAAAGGCUGGACUCCAUUUGAAUGUCAUACUAACAGACCGUUUCCGGCUCCAACAGCUCCACUGGAGACAACAGAUGUGUCUGGCCCUCCGGAGCUCAAACAACUAACGCUUGCUUUUUCGCAACUAACUGCAAAACAACCCGACGCUCCUUUGGUAAUGCAUGAAAGUGAAUUUGUAUGGUUGAAAGUAACCAAAAGAAAGUGGUCUGAACCCAGGUGGACAGGUCCUCAUAAAGUGACGGAGAGAACAUCGUCCGCUGUCCGCCUACAAGGAAAGGGGGAGACGUGGUACCACCUCACCUCUACACGACCAGCAAAGACCCCGCCCUGACAGAUCAUCAUUGCCGCAAGUACUGACUGCACGUCAACGCCAGACCAGUUCCCAUCCCACUGACGACAUCACUCAUCAAAGGUUGAGAUCACGGUACACGGGCAGAAUAAUCCCGGUGACUCAACCUAGGACCGGGUAGUCUAACCCCAGGUCCUGAAGAAGCUGACAGCGCUCUCUAGCGACGAUCCUGAAAAAACACCACCCAACAAUGGCCCGCAAAUGGGACAAUGUUUCAAUUUGUUGUUACAUCACAACCCUUUUUAUUGUAUUAACUCUCUUGCCUGUUUGGUAUUUUUGGAUGCGUCUUGGUGCGCGCUCAAACCUAACAACAAUACAGAGAGGUAAGCGAAAACUCAAUUCAGGUCACUCAACUGUACCUAUGUCCCAGUCUGUUCCCUGGAUUUUAGAAUGGACGUACAACCAUUCGAUAACUUUAACAGUGCCACCAAGCACCUACUGCCGUUGAAAUACCAAUUACAUCUCUAAAAGGGUUCAGAAACACCGUUCAGAUAACAGGGGAGGGCUGGAGAGGUUAUUGGUGGUAUAUGACAGGAAACGUGCUAGAUUUAAGCUGGGAUUCUUUAAUAACCACUAAACAAGGUAACUAUUGGCCAUCGGGAAAGACCAAAGAAGCUGUCUUUUUCAAAGACAAAAUCACCCUUACCAAAAAAGGGGAUCUACUUAAACUGACCUUUGCUCUCCCCGAUGGUAUAUUGCGUCCACCAAGUGCAACCAUUUUUAAUGUUUCAUGCUGGGGUUUUUUACUCUGGGCCUGGUCAUCAGGACCAGACCCUCAUUUUCCCGUUGUCAUAUGUGAAAACACUACUAUGGGACAACUUGAUCAGCCAAUAUUAAAUAAUUAUACACAAACUAUCAAGUUGACGGCCAUCAGUGUACCCUUAAAUAGCGUGGAUGGUUUGUUUCGAGUUACCACAGGCGUAUCAGGAAACAGCAACAAUUGGCUAUUAUUAACUGAGGAAGCGGCAAAGACUACUAAAAAAAUUGCGUGGUUUGCAUGGGACCUCGUCCUUUACUCAGGGUGGUCCCUGCCAAUAUUGACACACAAUGUGUUAUGGAAUUGAUGAAUAAAACGCUACCCUCACGAAACUGUUCCAAAUGGGACAAAAUACACCCAUUGGUAAGAUGGCAAAAAGAUAAACCUCUGUUUUUAAACCAAGUUGCAAAAGGCAACUUCACCUGUAUUAACAUUACAGGAAACAAUGGCCGAUUGGGAAGGUUAAACCACGCACAACAAUGUCAGUCACUUAUCUUUGUGGGAUCAUCAUUUCGGCCACAAUCCAGGGGCGACAUCUGGUGGUGGUGCGGUGAUGACCGGAUAUUCGACAAACUCCCUUUGAACCAAGCCGGUUACUGUGCACUGAUUUCUCUCCUGCUGCCAGUAAAGGUCUUUCCAACCACG